AUGAUAACAACUAGUCGUUUCGGGAAGAAAGAUAAUGUUUUAGGUUAUAAUUUGAUCAAUGAACCACCACCUGGAAAUGUUUAUAAAAAUCCACUCCUUCUUUUGCCUAAUAAUGCAGGUCACAGUCUCUUAUCAUUUUAUGAUUAUUUGGUAAAUGUUAUUCGCCAAGCAGACAAGAAUACAUUGAUAUUUUACGAGAGUGUAACUUAUGGAAUAUAUUUUCCAUUUGUUAAUGGACUACCUGGUACUGGUAUCCAACGUGUUCCCGGUCUAUUACAAGAUGAGACGGCCAGAAAGAAGAGUGUAUUAUCUUAUCAUUACUACUGUUGGUUAUUGGAAUUGACACUAUCUACAGAGAAUAUGCCAUCAUGGAAACGAUAUUUGUGUGAUAAACUUCUCUUGAAUUAUGCAUUUAAUAAUGUUAGAAGUAUAGUUAAAUACACUGGUGGCGGACGAUUUUUAACAGAAUUCGGUCGGUGUCGUCCUGAUGGCAAUCCAGAUUCAAUAAAUACGGUCGAAUGUAACGCUGUGAUGAAUGCAGCCGACAGGAACUUCGAAUCCUGGACACAUUGGGACGACUAUGAAUUAUUUCCCAACUUAUAUAUAAGUAACUUUUCCUUGAAAUCAUUGAGUCGUACAUAUCCACAAUCAACUGCCGGUCAACCUGUCAAACUGAGAUUCGAUGUCGAUUCAGGUGUGUUUUAUUAUGCUUUUGUACCCACACAGAAGUAUUGUACAAACGUGGACGCAGCAUUGUUAGUUGCAGAGAUUUUUGUUCCACUGUCGAUUCAUUAUCCAUAUGGAUUGAGAACUCGUUUUGUACCAGAACAAUUAUAUUAUAAAAUGUAUGAAAAUAAUACUAAUUUAAUGUUUGUCUAUGCACCAUGUACGUUGAUCAACACAAAUAUUGAACUUAUGGAAAUAACGAUCAUACCAAACCAAACACAAUAUAAGCAUUCAGACAACAAUUAUAGUCAUUUACCAACUUAUUCGAAAUCUGUAUCAACAUUGUUAAUUGUGAACUCCUUGAUAUUUUCAUAUCUUUCAACAUAUUUUGACUAA